AUGGCGGAAUUUCCAUUGGCCCUCGAAAGCUCUUGUACAAAACACCUACUCUCGCUCACAAUCGAAGCCCACAAAUUCCCUGUUGAGGCCAUUUCAGCUCAGCAGACUGGCUUCCUUCUCGUCCAAGACGAGAAUGCUUUGCGGCCGUUACCUCCAGAUUACGUCAUUCUGGGACAGUAUGUAGAUGUUCCCGACUCUUCGCGAUUCUUUUUUUGCAAGACUUGA